AUGUGUAACGCAACAAGCAUAACGACAACACACCUUGCUCUAACCAAACCAACUGGCCCAAGUCAUGGCCUUCUUUUGCUGCCUUCUCGCUCCAUCACCUCAUCAUUUUCCAUCAUCUCAAAAGCUUGGGUCAGAUGCUCGUCCUCUACCCCUGAUUUCAUCCGCCCUCCUGGACCCAUAGCAUCCUGGACCCGAGAUGAAUACAAUGCCUACCGACGAUGGCGAUAUGCUACAGAUGCCGUAUACCGUCAGAAGGCCAUAGAAGCCUUUUGCAAGUACAGCAAGAAGCGAUACUACAGCGACGCCGUCUGGCGUGAGAGGAAGAUAAAGAUAUGGACAGACUGGAACUCAGCUCAUCCUGAACAACAGGCAGCCCGAGACCAGCGUCGCAAAGAGCGCUACGCCCACGAUUCUGAGUAUCGAGAGUCUAUGAAGCAAAGGUUUAUCGAGCGCUAUGCCAACGACCUUGAGUACCGAGAGGCUGCUCUCCAGCGUAAUAGAGAGCGCUACGCCAGCGACCCUGAGUAUCGUGAGGCUGCUCUCCGGCGUCUGAAAGAGCGCUAUGCGAGUGAUCCCAUGUUCCGAGAAGCUCUUCUGACCAAAAGAAAAGAGCGCUACGCCAACGAUCCCGAGUAUCGCGAGGCUAUAUACAAACGACAUGCCGAUCCUGCAUAUCGGGAGGCUAGUGUACGGCGUUCAAAAGAUCGCUACGCCAAUGAUCCUGUUUAUCGAGAGAAUGUGAAACAACGUGCUAGGGAGAGGUACUUGCGGAAGAAAGCUGAUCAAGACACAUCGGGCCCUCAGGAGACACCAGACCUUCAGAGGACUUCAUCCUCGACAGACAAGUUCUGA